ACGAGAGAACAUGAGUUAAGUCGACUGACUUCUAUAGAUCAAACUUUACUGUAGGUUGGUGAGUAAUCUAUGCCGUUAUAUAGAAAUGUCUGAGGAGCUCUAUACCACAAUAGAUUUCACCAAGGUGGUCAGAUUUCAGGCAGGCGAGAAAGAAAAUGAUUGCAUGGAUGGAUCUAAUACGACGGAUGGAGUGCAGAUUUAUGACAACUAUAUGGUGCCAAAAUUAGAAGACAGUUCUACUGAGGACCAGGAAGCUGCUUCAGUAACUCCAGAGUCACGAAAGAAGAAUCGUGUCAUUGUUGCUGGAGUGUUACUGGGUGUGCUGUGUCUUCUCCUCCUCACUGCAAUCAUUGUGCUGGUGAUCCAGUUCAGUGAAGACAGAAGGAACUGGAACAUAGAGAGGAGUCAGUUUGAGAUGAACUACAACCUGACCAAGGAAAGAGACGACCUGCAGACCAAUAACAAGAAGCUAGAAAGACUCAACUACAACCUUUCCAACGAAAGAGACAACCUUCAGACCAAUAACACAAAACUAGAAAGACUCAGCUUCAACCUGACCCAAAACAUGAGCCAGUUAAAGGUUGAGAAAGACAACUUGACGGCCAUUAACAGGAACCUCAGCCAAGAAAAAAAGGAAUUACAGGCACAGCUUUCAAAGACGUUGGCAGAUGUAUGUGCUUAUGGGAACAGCUUUGGUGGCAGUUGUUAUUUGUUCUCCGUGAUACAAAAAAACUGGUACGACAGCAAAGCAGAAUGUGAAAAACGUGCUGCACACCUGGUGACUAUAUCUAGUGAAGAUGAACAGCAAUUCAUCACCGGCAAAGUCACUGAGGUACACUGGAUUGGUUUGACUGAUGAAGAGAAAGAAGGUACUUGGAAAUGGGUAAAUGGAGAGCCACUGAACACAAAAUGGAUGGACGGACACACAGGAUGGAAAACAACACCUCUGCAUGCAUGGAUUCAAAAUUCUACUCAAAAAUGUUGGAGGUACUGGGCGUGGGGUGAACCAAAUAACGGUGGCAACAAUGAAGACUGUGUUGUUGUUUCAUCAUCUACAUCUCUGGAAAACUGGAAUGAUCUUAAUUGUCAGCAGUUUCUCCAUAGAUGGAUCUGUGAAAAGGAAAUAAACCAAUGAAAUUAAUAUAUUAAAUAAGAGUUCCACAUGGAUUCGGGUGAGAUGAAGAUGGACAAUGAACUGCUGCAGCCCGCAAACAGGAGCACCCAAAAGAAAAAAAGGGAGACUCUUGUGAUUGUUGAUUUUUCUUUCUCUGAAACUCUUAUUACAAAAUCCUGAUGUUGGUUCUCCAGAAUACCUUUUUCCCAACUGACUGCAGCACUUCCUCUAGUGAGGAGCCUGUAAGAGCUUUGCUCAAUGGCUCCUCGGUACCAGUGGAGUAAAUGCUGUUUUCUCACAUUCACCUUUCCCCUACUGGUGUGGAGGCGAUGCUGCAUUUAUUUCUAGACACAUCAGUGGGAUUACAGUGAGAUGUAACAUGCUGUCUGAAAUCUUUAUAAUUUUAUUUUUAUAUUUUCUGAACCUGUGGAAACAUUACAGCAACAUCAACAGAGUAACAGGAUGAAAGAUCAAGAAGGACACACUGAAAAAAGAAAAACUUUAAUCAACUUUUUUAAAAUUAUUCUAAUUUCUUACAUCUACGUAUGUGGAUUAAACAUCAAAUUAUAAAUCGACUUUGAGACAAACUACUAAAUUAGGGUGUAACAAAGUAUAGUAUGCAUUUAUUUUUGUAUUUCAUUCAUUUUUCAGUAUUGAAUAUUGAUAAUUAUUUCUUCCACUAAGGAGGUAAUGUGAUAAUCUGAUUCAUCUGUUUGUUAGCACAUUUGAAAUGUUAUGAAUUUUGUCGACAUCAGAACAUUUUGUCAAGAGGAGACAAAAAGAAAUAUAUAUUUGUAGGUGUGAUUAUCAAUAUUAUUCAAUAAACAUUUUA